AGAGAACAUGUUCUAUGUGGUUAAAACACUAGAAGAAAAUGAGUUAUAUGGGACACCGAAAGUUUUUGCCUACAGGACAUGUAUUUAGGACUUGGAAAAAAGCAUUCGAUGGUAAGCAAGAAUUAGAAAUGCCGCCGUCACCUUUGCAAGGAGAAGAAUUGUUAGAAAAGUUGAAUAAAGUUCAAUUCCACCUUGGAAAGCGAAAAUUGACUUCGAAGAAAAGAAAAGGUCAGCGUGAGAAAAGUGACGUUGCUUCAAGUGAACAUCAGGGGCCAUGGAAAAAGAAGUCAAUAUUUUUUGAGCUCGAAUAUUGGAAGCAUUUGGCGUUGCGUCAUAAUCUAGACGUGAUGCAUAUUGAGAAGAAUGUGUCAGACAGCUUGCUUAAUACCUUGUUCAAUAUUCCCGGGCGGAGUAAAGAUGGAAUUAAAUCUCGCCUAGAUUUGAAAGAAUUAGGAAUACGGGCCAAUUUACACCCACAAGUUGUUGGUGGACGUACAUUUUUACCACCGGCUUGUCAUGCUCUGACUAAAGUAGAAAAACAAUCUUUGUGUAGUUCUAUCUCCAAUGUGAAGGUACCGGAAGGGUACUCCUCAAAUGUCUCUGACUGGGUAGAUAUGAGUAAGUUAAUUUUGAGUGGUCUGAAAUCUCAUGAUCAUCAUAUAUUAAUUCAACACAUUCUACCAGUGAGUAUCCGUUCUGUGUUGCCUAAAAAAGUUCGAUAUGCAAUCACAAGGUUGUGUUUGUUCUUCAAAUCUCUUUGUUGUAAAGUGAUUGAUGUCACAAAGUUAGAGAACCUCGGGUUAGAAAUCGUAGAAGUGUUGUGUUAUUUGGAGCAAUUUUUUCCGCCUUCUUUUUUUGACAUAAUGGUUCACCUAACAGUGCAUUUGGUGAGAGAGGUAAAGUUGUGUGGACCAGUGUACAUGAGGUGGAUGUACCCAUUUGAACGAUACAUGAAAAUCUUAAAGGGUUAUGUGAGAAAUAGAAGUAGGCCCGAGGGUUGUAUUGUUGAAUCAUACAUUGUUGAAGAGACGAUUGAAUUCUGUUCAGACUACUUGUCAGAGGUUACAACUAUUGGCGCUUGUCCUACUCGGGUCAAUAGUGAAAUAAGUAAAGGGAGUAGGGGUGUUUCUGUUUGCGGUGUAAGUCGAGCUGAUCGUGAAGAAGCGCAUCGUCUCGUCUUGCAAAAUAUUGACGAGGUCCAACCAUACAUUGAGGAACAUUUUAAUUGGAUUAAGAGUAAUAAUCCGACUAAGGCAAGGAAUCAAAAAUGGGUACAAGAUGAACAUUAUCGAAAUUUCAGUACAUGGUUAAAAAAAAAGGUAUAUGCUGAAAAUUGUGAAUCCCCAAGCAAUGUAUCCAACACACUGCUUUGCAUAUCACGAGGUCCUUCGUGUGAUGUACUCAAGUACCAAUCGUACUAUAUAAAUAGUACUAAAUUUUGUACCAAAGAUCGUGAUAAAUCUAGAAAAACACAAAAUAGCGGUGUCAUGAUAGUUGCUAGAGCUUUCCAAAUAUCUAGUUCAAAAGAUAAAAACCCAAUUGAAUGUAAUAUGUCUUUUUACGGUGUAAUUCAAGAAAUUUGGGAAUUAGAUUACAGUAGUUUUCAAAUUCCUGUUUUUCUUUGUGAUUGGGUUAGGAGUGAUAAUGGGGUUAAAGACGAUGAACUUGGAUUCAAAUUAGUGGACUUGAAUCGAAUAGGCCACAAGUCUGAUAGGUUUGUAAUGGCGUCUCAAGCCACUCAGGUGUUUUACAUGAGUGACCCAUUAGAUGCACGCUGGUCAGUUGUCAUGACAACGCAAGCAAAAGACUAUGCUAACCAAGAGCAUAAUGGCGAUGAUCUUAUGAUAAGUGAGCAAAUUCAUCAAAUCACUCCACCACCUAUUGAUGUCACCGUUGGGGACGAUGUCGUAUCAUCUCGUGAUGAUGGGGAGGGGUUAUGGGUGAAUGAAACUAUCAAGCCAUGAGUUUUUCAACAUGUGUUGGACUAUUUAUUAUGGAACCAGCACCAAAUGACGAUGAUGAGUGGGCUCAAUAUGAAGAAUCAUUCAUGCCUGAAGAACAUAAUAAUGAAGUUGAAGAACCUAAUAUUGAAGUUGAAGAACCUAAUAUUGAAGUUGAAGAACCCCCACCAAAGCAGAAAAAUACUAGGGGUAGAACCAAAAGACUAGAUAUAACGAGGCUGGCAAGCGAGGGCAAAAAAUUAGAAAUUGAGUACAACAACCUCGGACAACAAUGGGGAAAAGCAGCAACUGAUUUAGUUUCCCGGAUUGGGGUGUGGGUUCGAAUUAACAUACCACUUGUGAAUAAAAAGUGGCCACAAAUUGAUAAGGAGCUGAAGAACAGAUUAUGGAAUGAUGUUAAGCUUAGUGAGAAUGUCUGCGGUCUGAGAUAUUAAAAUCUGUCUGUGGAGAGAGGCUUAGAGAGGCUUAUUAAAAUAUGACUAUAUAUUUAUACCCAUCUAAAAUUUAAAUAUGGUAUGAACUUAUUCAUAUUUUCCAAUAACAAAAAUCAUAUAUAUUAAUAUCAAUCUUUUCAUUAUUUA